AUGGAUUUAGGCAUGGUCACAAAAGACUCCAAUUGGUGGGUAUUUACACUACCAACUUUCCUUGGUUGGAAAAUUCUUCUUGAUGAAUGUGUUAUCCUUUAUAUUAUUUUAGCUUUUAUUUCAAUCACUCUAAUCACUUGGGCUUCUACUCCUGGUGGUGUUGCUUGGAAAAACAACACCACCAAUACUAGUAGUGGUCCAGGACGAAAUAUUCCUGGACCACGUGGCUUUCCGAUAAUCGGAAGCCUUUUCACUUUGAAUCGCGAUGGCUUAGCUCAUCGCACUUUAGCCACUGCGGCUUGGAGUCAUAAAGCUAAACAGCUUAUGGCUUUUAGCCUUGGUUCAACUCCUUUAGUUGUAUCUUCCGAUCCUCAAAUAGCUAAAGAGAUUCUUACAUCACCUCAUUUCGCUGACCGUCCGAUUAAACAAUCGGCUAAAAGCCUCAUGUUUAGCCGAGCCAUUGGGUUCGCUCCUAACGGAACUUACUGGCGUCUACUCCGUCGUAUUGCUUCUUCAUAUCUCUUCUCUCCUAGCCGAAUUGCGGCUCAUGAAACGAGCCGUCAGCUUGACUGUUCUGUUAUGUUACGGAAUAUAGUUAACGAUCAGAUUGAAAAUGGAAAAGUAGUUUUGAGGACGCAUUUGCAAUUUGCUGCGUUGAAUAAUAUUAUGGGUAGUGUGUUUGGGAAGCGUUAUGAUAAUGUUGAUGGUAAAUUAGAGCUUGGAGAGUUGCAAGAUAUGGUGAAGGAAGGUUUUGAAUUAUUAGGUGCUUUUAAUUGGUCUGAUUAUCUUCCGUGGUUGAGUUUGUUUUAUGAUCCGUCGGGCAUUGUUCGACGGAGUGAAGCUCUCGUGCCACGUGUACGAAAGUUUGUUCUUGAUAUUAUUGAUGAACAUAAGCGUUAUCGUGCUUCUGCAUCAAAAAUGGUGAUGACUGAUAAUGGUGAUUUUGUUGACGUUUUAUUAUCUCUUGAUGGAGAAGAAAAGCUAGACGAAGAUGAUAUGGUCGCCGUUCUUUGGGAAAUGAUAUUUAGAGGGACGGACACCACGGCACUUCUAACGGAGUGGGUGAUGGCGGAACUUGUUUUGCACCCCGAAGUGCAAAACAAGUUACGACAAGAAGUUGAUAAUGUCACGAUGGGAAAAGUUGUGACUGAUGUGGACGUUGUUCGGAUGCCCUACUUACAAGCAGUGAUAAAAGAGACACUACGAGUUCAUCCACCGGGUCCACUUCUCUCGUGGGCGCGGCUUUCCACAUCAGACGUUCGGCUUAGCAAUGGCAUGGUUGUUCCUUCCCAUACAACGGCAAUGGUCAACAUGUGGGCUAUUACUCAUGACUCUGACGUGUGGGAAAAUUCGCUUGAAUUUAAGCCAGAGAGGUUUGUAGUGUCAGAAGGUGGUGUGACUGUGGAUGUGAGGGGGGGUGACCUACGUUUGGCACCGUUUGGGGCAGGAAGGAGAGUGUGCCCAGGGAAGAAUUUGGGUUUGGUUACGGUUAUGUUAUGGGUGGCUAAGUUGGUGCAACAUUUCGAGUUUGUGGAGGAUGGGGCCCAUCCAGUUGACUUGGGAGAAGUUUUAAAAUUGUCAUGUGAAAUGAAGAAUCCACUCACUGUUGUGGCCAUGCAGAGGAAUGUUUAG